CCCACCAGCCCCUCCUCAUUUAACCCCUCCUAUCUUCCUCCCUCUCUCUCUCUCUCCCCUCCUUUUCACUUCUUCCACUCUCCAACCUCCUUUCUUCCUAUCCUAUACCCUCCUACUCAAUUCCUAAUUCUAAUUCCCCUCCCUCCUCUCACAAUGGGUAGCGUUUCCAACGGGCCUAAGGCCGGCACUUUCCUCUUCACCUCCGAGUCUGUCGGUGAGGGUCACCCCGAUAAGAUCGCUGAUCAGGUCUCCGAUGCCAUCCUCGAUGCCUGUCUGGCGGAGGACCCCCUCUCCAAGGUCGCUUGUGAGACUGCUACCAAGACUGGUAUGAUCAUGGUCUUCGGUGAAAUCACCACCCAAGCCCGUCUGGACUACCAGAAGAUCAUCCGUGGUGCCAUCAAGGACAUCGGCUACGAUGCCUCCGAGAAGGGCUUCGACUACAAGACCUGCAACGUCUUGGUCGCCAUUGAGCAGCAGUCCCCCGAUAUCGCCCAGGGUCUGCACUACGAGGAGGCCCUCGACAAGCUGGGUGCCGGUGACCAGGGUAUCAUGUUCGGUUAUGCCACCGACGAGACCCCCGAGCUGCUGCCCCUCACCGUCCUGCUCUCCCACAAGCUGAACAGCGCCAUGAAGGAGGCCCGCGUCGACGGCUCCAUCCCCUGGUUGCGCCCCGACACCAAGACCCAGGUCACCAUCGAGUACGCCCACGACAACGGUGGCGUCAAGCCCCUGCGCGUCGACACCGUCGUCGUCUCCGCCCAGCACAGUGACGACGUCUCCACCGAGGAGCUGCGCGCCGUCAUCAAGGAGAAGAUCAUCAAGAAGGUGGUCCCCGCCAACCUGCUGGACGACCGCACCGUCUACCACGUCCAGCCCUCCGGCCGCUUCGUCAUCGGUGGCCCCCAGGGUGAUGCCGGUCUGACCGGCCGUAAGAUCAUCGUCGACACCUACGGUGGCUGGGGUGCCCACGGUGGUGGUGCCUUCUCCGGCAAGGACUACUCCAAGGUCGACCGCUCCGCCGCCUACGUCGCCCGCUGGAUCGCCAAGUCCCUGGUCAACGCCGGCCUCGCCCGCCGUGCCCUCGUCCAGCUGUCCUACGCCAUCGGUGUCGCCGAGCCCCUGUCCGUCUUCGUCGAGACCUACGGCACCUCGCAGAAGAGCUCCGAGGAGCUGGUCGAGAUCAUCCGCAACAACUUCGACCUCCGCCCCGGUGUCAUCGUCAAGUCCCUGGAUCUGGCCAAGCCCAUCUACUACCAGACCGCCAAGAACGGCCACUUCACCAACCAGAGCUUCUCCUGGGAGAAGCCCAAGGCCCUCAACUUUUAAGCGCGUCGUCCCUAACGGGUGCGGCCGCCUGUUUCAGGUGACCUGAUGCCAGUGUUUUUUUACGAAUGUAUGAUUUUGCUUUGUUUUCAACAACUCAAAGCACGAGCAUAGACACGUUUUACAAAAGAAAAAAGCCAUCUCCUCAUUUUCAAGAUGUUUGUUUAAUAUUUGCAUGGUCGCCUGCCGGAGAACGG